GUGUGUGUGUGUCUGUGUCUGUGUGUGUAGAUCCAAGCAGCAGCGCUUUAGAACCAGCCGCGAGGCGGAAUGCGAGAGUUUCGACUCGGCUUUUCCAAUCCCCUGGCCAAGUCUUCAGAGGACAAGCGGGGAGGAAAGAAACUUGCUGGCCGGGCGGCGGCUCCUAUCCCACUUCCUCCUCCGCAGCUUCUGACAGACUUGCAGGAAAGGCACGGGGACGAGGCCGGCCUAUAAUCAGAGCCGCGCAGCUGGAGGGCCUCCUAGCCUCUCGGGAAGGCUCGAGACGCCCCCGGGGCAGCUCGGAAGGGAGGGCUCGCCAGCCGCGGGACAAAGACGCUUCCUGCCUCGCCACACCGGCUCGCCUUGCCGCCAUAAUGCCAGAUCAGACUUAUUGUGAUCGUUUGCGACAGGACACGGCUUUUCUAACCAGCAAUGGCAGACUGAGUGAACAGCUGGUUGAUAAAAUCAUUCUUCAGCUAAAUCGAGUUUAUCCCCAAAUUCUCACCAUUAAAGAAGCUGAAAAGUUUCGGAAUCCCAAAGCUCCUCUUCAUACUCGGCUAUCAAACCUUAUAACUCACUUGAAAAAGAAAGGAGACAAACCCUGUCAAGAAUUUUACCGAGCUUUACAGAUCAAUGCUGAGCAUCUCUAUAACAACUUGCCAAGCAGGAAAAUUAUAAAAACCUCAGAUUCCACAGGGAUAAACCCUGAGAAGGAGAAAUAUAUUCUAAAUGACAGGGGUCCUACGUUCUUUCUUGCCUGUUUCAGUAUUGCUGCAGGAUUAGCAUUCUUCAUGUAUUGCUGCAAUUCAGACUCCAGAAUUCUGGGAAAAGCCAAGAAGGUGCUGGGAUUUUCCCCAAUUAUCAUAGGAAGACAUGUUAGCAACAUCUGUUUGUUAUACAUGGAAGAUUCAUCAGGAAAACAGUAAGAAUAAAUGGGACAGCAUCAGAUUUCCCUGCCAAUAGCAUGGAUGCUUUGCAAGCAAUUGCUUUUUCAUAUACCAAAGAUAUAACUCAGAUGCUUUAGCAGUCUUUGCUGCUUCAAAGGGCUUUCAGAAGAUCACUUGUAUUUGCCUUUUACUUGUGGAGCAUAUUUUUUUAUUUUUGUACAAGCUUAUUUUAAAAAAUUAUUUAUCACCUUGAUAAAAUAUAUUUUAAGGCAAAUAAGCAUUUUAACAUGUCCUAAUUCAUUGCAAAGUCUUGAGAGUCAAGUCAUGUAUGUAUGUGUAUAAAGUAAAUAUAUAUAUAUAUA